UCUAUGUUGACUUCCGUUUUGUCGUUCCACGUUUACAAUUGAGUCCCUCCACAAGGAAAUAGAAAUAUCACUCCACAUGUACAUCCAGUAAAACACUGACUUCUCAUCUGAGGUUUAAAAGGACCGAAGUGUCGGAGGUGUCUAAAUGGGGGAAGUCAGGAAGCUGCAGAAGAAGUUGAGGCAGAUUGAGAACCUGGAGCUGAAAGUUUCUCUCACUUCAGAGGAAGCAGUGAAGGUCUCAAAGAAGGCGGAGCUUCGCAGCAGAUUGGCUGAGCUCCUGCUGCAACUUUCUGGCCUGCAGCAAACCCAAUAUAUUGCGGACGAAAAGGGGGAUAAAAUGAAAAGACAAGUAGAGAGCGGAACCAAGCAUCACGCUGAUCACACUCCGGCGGUGAAGCUAGCACGUGAAGACCACCAGGAGACAGAGGAUAAGACGAAAAGUGGAGCUGAGCGGGAGAUAAAAGAGAGAGAGGGUGGAGGACAAAGGCAGAAGCUUCCAGACCCAGAUGCUGAAUUUUCAUCUCUUAAAGCAUUGUGGGAAAAGGCCAAGUUUCGCCUCAGGACUCUAAAAGGUCACAGUGACAUCAUCACUUGCGUAGCUGCCGUGGACAACCUCGUGAUUUCUGGAAGUCGUGAUACCACGGUGAAGGUGUGGCACGUUCCCACGGCAACAGAGCAGCGCAAUCUCGGAGGUCACAGCGGUGGCGUCACAUGUCUUAGUACACCACCUGCAGAAUACUGCAGGAAAUUAGCAUCUGCUCUGCAUCUGUCUGAGAAGGAAAGGUUUAUCCUAAGUGGCUCCACCGACUGCUGCGUACGGAUAUGGACUCUGAGCUCUGGCCAGUGUGUGAAAUCAAUCUACACUUACAAUGCUGUCACAAGCCUGUGCUUUAUAGCGGAGUGGGAGGGCUACAUUGUGACAGGCUCAGAUGCUGGGAAGCUGCAGGUGUGGGACUGGAUCUCUCAGGAGAACCGUCAAUCAGUCAAAGUGCACCUGGAUGCUGUCACGACACUACAGUCUCAGGGUCCUCUGGUGUUCAGUGGCUCGACCGACGGGAGCGUGUGUGUAUGGGAGGUGUGUGAUGGGGCAGCAAAACCCCUAAAACAGAUCCAGGACUGGGGGUCAGAGGUGACUGGCUGCAGAAGGAUUGAUGAUGUUACUGGGAGGCUGAGACUGAGUGCCCGAGGCGACCACACCUUCCUGGCCAAUGGAAGAUCCACUAUCCGUGUGUUAAAUUGGAGAACAGGCACAAUGAGGCGACUGACCAAUCACAGCAGUACCGCUGGUGUCACGGAUUGUGUCAAUCAAAUACCAGGGCUUCUAGUUGCCUCCUGCUUUGACCUCACCAGCGGAGGGAAUACGCUAAACUUGUUUUCUCUUCCUGAAUGUAGGUACCUCGUCUCACUCAGCAGCUCAGAUUUACCACGGAUCCUGUGUUUUGCAGCGUGGCUCACACCAAGCGGGGGUCAUCGCUGGGUUACCGGCGGCCGUGACCUCACAGUUUGGGAACAGCUUCCAGGAAAUGGGAAAAAAAGAGGUGACGUGAACGCGAGGCGAGACAGCCGAUUAGACAGUUCGCUUGCAGAGUCGGACGAAGACUCUCAGGAGGAGAGUGAGGCAGAUAAUGAUGAAGACGAUGAAGAAGACUCCACGGCCGACGAUGCAGAAGAGGUGUCCGGAUCGUCGUGGUUACGCUGCGUCUUGCAGUGAGAUAGAAAGAAAUAUAAUAGAGAGAGAGAGAGAGAGAUAGAGACCAAGAAAGGAGGAGCUUGAACGUGAGGUGUGAAGUUUAGCAGAUUGCGUGAGUGGCAUCAGGGCAGUGAGCGCGGGUGGACAACAGAUUGUUCUUCAUGUAAAUGUUGCAUCAUGGAGUCAAUAAACGUGCCAUGCUAUGACAGUG